CUUAUUCUCCUCUCCCUUUUUCCUUCUCCAUUUCUCCUUCAAUUGCGAUGGGUAGAGAGCUCAACCGACCAGAGAAUUGGAGCAAAAGCCUGAUGACGUUCUCGAAACGCAAGAGCAACCUAAUAAAGAAGGCGCGCAAGAUGUCGGCUUCUUGCAACAUUGACAUCGCUGUUGUUGCCUUCUCUCCCGCUGAUCGCCUGAACAUCUUCUGUAGCAAAGACAGGAUUGAAGAUGUUUUGCAGCGCUACAUCGAUUUGCCAGCAGAUAAGAGAAAUCGUCAUAUUACAAAUGUCCAGGCAAAUCUCUGA